UGAACCUCGCGUUCGCCACUCAGACACACGCCUCUUUCCUUGAGCACUCGCUAGGACCGACUCGUUCCACUCAUGAACCCGCACCAGCAGCAGAAUCAUUUUCUGGAAAUAGACAAGAAGAACUGCUGUGUGUUCCGGGAUGACUUCAUAGCCAAUGUGCUGCCGACGGUGUUGGGGCUGGAGUUUGUGUUCGGGCUCCUGGGCAAUGGCCUUGCCCUGUGGAUUUUCUGCUUUCACCUCAAGUCCUGGAAAUCCAGCCGGAUUUUCCUGUUCAACUUGGCUGUGGCUGACUUUCUCCUGAUCAUCUGCCUGCCAUUCUUGACGGACAACUAUGUGAGGAAGUGGGACUGGAGGUUCGGGGACGUCCCUUGCCGGCUGAUGCUGUUCAUGCUGGCCAUGAACCGCCAGGGCAGCAUCAUCUUCCUCACGGUGGUGGCUGUGGACAGGUACUUCCGGGUGGUCCAUCCUCACCACGCUCUGAACAAGAUCUCAAAUCGGACAGCGGCCAUUAUAUCCUGCCUCUUGUGGGGUGUCACCAUCGGCCUCACGGGUCACCUCCUGAACAAAAAAAUGUUGAUCAGGAACCAAGAUGCGAAUUUGUGCAGCAGCUUUAGCAUCUGCCAUACCUUCAGGUGGCAUGAUGCCAUGUUCCUCCUGGAGUUCAUCCUGCCCCUGGGCAUCAUCCUGUUCUGCUCAGCCAGAAUCAUCUGGAGCCUGCGCCAGCGACAAAUGGACAGACAUGCCAAGAUCAGGAGGGCCAUCAACUUCAUCAUGGUGGUGGCCAUUGUCUUCAUCAUCUGUUUCCUGCCCAGCGUGGCUGUGCGCAUACGCAUUUUUUGGCUCUUGCACACCGUGGGCACGAGGAACUGUGACAUGUAUCGCUCGGUUGACCUGGCAUUUUUCAUCACCCUUAGCUUCACCUACAUGAACAGCAUGCUGGACCCUUUGGUGUACUACUUCUCCAGCCCAUCUUUUCCCAACUUCUUCUCCACCCUGAUCAACCGCUACCUGCGGGAGAAGACGCCCCAACAGUCAGAUAAUAACCAGAGCACAAGCAUGGAGCUCACGGGGGAUCUGAGCGCCACCAGGAGUGUGCCAGACAAUUUAGUGGCCCACGCCGGUGAGCCAUGGAACCCUUCUUAUCCGACCCCAGCUUCUCGCUAAAUACCCGAGCCAAGAAGUGAGAUGGUCACCAAGAACCAAGGUCUCUGGGGAAAGAGUUUGGCUGGGUGCACAGAGUAACAUCAUGAGACGUGGCCUGUGGUUUCCUGGAAUUUCCAGAUUCGGAGAAUCGGAUUUAGAGAAGGAGUGUGGCAGAGUGGGCUGCCUGGUUGUGGAGCGUCACCAGAGGACUCUUGGGAGGAACAGAGAGUAAAGCUUCUGAGAUUUCUGCUCAGUCUCUGGCACUCACAGAACCGAAGACGGCCAAACUGUCCACACUUCUGCAGAGUAGAGCUGGAGCCAGGGAGACGCCCAUGAGCACCCGUGAUUCACUGGCCUCCUUCCCUCACCUGCCUGAGGCAGGGAUGGCUCUCAGCUCCUGGGGGCGAUACCCAGUCGGUCGGGCUCUAGCCGGGAUAAGGAAAGCUAAGUGGUUGGAGGGGAGUUAUGGCCCCUGGGCGGAGGCCAGGAAUCAUUAAAGAAGCCAGUAGGUCACCCACAUUCCAAGGGACCGAUUCAUCUUUCAGCCAAGCUUUAGCAGAAAAGCACCGGGCAGGAGACUUGUAAGCUUUGGUUAAUAUCUGAGUUUCCGGUUGAGGUAAGAGAGGGAUUAGCCAGGGCAGGACUGAGCAAAACAGUCUUACUGAGAGAAAGAAAAGGCAUUUUGCAGCGACCUGCGCCUAAUCCAUUCCUCUCCUGUUGACUAAUUGGAAGGCUGAGGGUUAGAGGCUUCAGAGAAGACAGCUGCUUCCCACCUGUUUGGUUUUGUCGUUAAAAGGGAAAUGCUGCCCAAUGGUUAGAGGGAGAAGGUUCCUUCUGGUUCAUUUGCUUGUGUUCCUGUCCUUAUAAGAAAUCUACCACUUCAAUAAAUUUUGAUGUGAGACACACA